AUGGCUCACCUCGUCACACCCAGCCCUUCCUCCCGCUCUGCCGACACCAUCGACAUAACCGCUGAUGAUGACGACCUGCAAUCCGUUCACGAUGACGACAUCAUCGCGAAAAGCCGACUACUUAUCCUUGAGCUCGAGCAGAAGUACAUCCUUACUCCAGGCAUUCUCACCAUUGCGCCUUCUGGACAGCUCCGAGCCGACCUGUCGCACGAAGAGCCUGACCAGGGCACGAUGGUUGGGCUGUACCCGGCCCUUCCCCCGCCAGAUGACUACGAGCCCCAGAUUCCGUCCUGGCUUCGCGAGUACCUGAUCAACGAGCUCAACCUCUUCGGCUGUGGGCCCCCUUCUGCCUGCGGCUCCCUGUACGACCAGAUGGUGACGAGUAGGGAGGUCGGCAGAGAGGGUACCAACCUGAGCGUCAAGUCGGCGGCGCUCCUUCUCUCCUGCGGAACGACCAGCAUGCGUAUGUCCAUCGCUGAGCUUCGUGAGUUCUGCUCGAGCGGUGACGCGGUAUGCGAGGACACGUACGCGAUGGAGUUUGGAAUCGUCGAGGGGAUCGUAAAGAGGCUGGCUGGCUGGGACGCGUCCCAGAGCAUUCAGAACAGAUUGCUGGCCACUAGGCCGACCGACAACAGACGCGACGAGCACUCGCCCGCUAAACGCCGCAAGAUUUCCGACGAAAACGCGGUCGGCGUCGCCCACGGCAGCCAGGUGGCGUCACGGGAGCUUCCGCGGGACAUCCAGCUGCUGCUUGACCUGGGAUCGCAGGGAAUGGUCAUGAAGGGAGCCCUCGACAGUUCGUUGGAGGACCAAAUCAUCACGCCGGUGUCUCGACUGGUCGAAAAGCUCGACAAUGUCUACAAGGGGCUGAAAAAUCAGGAGGAAGAGGAGAAGAAGAAAGAGGAGCAUCGUAUCGGAGGCGACCAUUCUUCGGACUCCGGUGUCUCGGCUUGUUCGCCUUGA